UUAUUGACGUAUUCAUUUCAAUAGUGACACCGUCGGUUAACACAGUCGUAAACGUAAUUUAUCCUUAUUAUUCGUCUGUUUUCAUCGAAAGUCGAUCAAACAAAAAUCGAAAUGAACUCUUUCGGAUUCAUCACGUUGGUGACAUUGUCGGUGGUGCUGUCGUGCUCGGCCUACUAUUACAAGAACUAUUCACCAAUAACGCUGUGCAUGAAGAGCGACUACUCGUGGUGCACCAACGUGACGUACCCCACUAGUUGCGUGAACAUGAAUACCGUGGUAAUGAAUGGCACCGGAAACGGCACCAGUUACCCGACCGCAUUCAAGACCAUCGAGUCAGUGAUAGUGAUGGACGUCGACAGCUCUGAGGACAAGUGCAUUAUACUGUAUGACACGUACAACUGCCAAGGACAAAGUCUAGUGCUUAACGGUUCCAAGCACCUAUCGGCAAAACUCGAUGAUUUCGGAUUCUCCAAUCGGGCCGAGUCCUACAGACAGUGCACCGACCGAGUGCUCACCUAUCUCCGGGACAACAGAAACUAGAAAUAACGGUAUUAAGGAAACGUUCAUCUGCAACGACAACGGCCGUCUACACAAUUUUGUCACGAUUAAGAUUUAAAGUAUACCUAGGUAUUAGGUAAUAAUAAUUAAUUAUAGACAUUCAACUAAGUGUACAAUGGUUUAUUUUCAAUUGUAUUAUCUAAGUAUUUAUCUAAUAAAAAUGUCAUCUGUAUUAUAAUAUUA